UUCACAGUGAUGAAAUGGGGACUGACACAACAGAUGUUUCUCUACAUUAUGGUCUCAGGUACCCUCUCUCAGGUCACAGUCCACCAGUCUUCUGUCCUUACCGCUGCUCUGGGUCGUGAUGUUACACUGCCAUGUCAUCUAAGUCUUUCCAACAAAGUGAAAAUGGUGACCCCAGCGGUUCUGUAUUGGUACUUCACACAGGACGGCAAUGACAAUCGCAGACUGUGGCUCCCCAGUGAUGAAUAUAUGGGACGUGUCAACCUUCUGGAAACCAGUCCAAACACUUUAAACAAGUCCAUACGCCUCAAGAAUGUCCAGUGGGCUGACAGUGGGAAGUACCAGUGUAAAGUCUCUGUCACAACAGAGAAGGAUGACCGUUUCAGGAGGACAGGAAAUGACACUUUACUGAUGGUUUAUGAAACCAUGAUGUUUAACCUCACCAGUCACAAUGACUCUCUGCUCUCGUGUGAAGUAAACGUGACCCGGGAUGCCGGACUUCUUUUGUCCAUUUCUCACAAUGGCUGCAAACUCCAACCUGUUGACUCUGCUCCAGGAGAUGCUGGUGCUGCUCUGCCCUUCACCACACUCUCUGAGACCGUUUCUCUGGGAAGCAAAGGAGAAUAUGAGUGUCAGCUGCAGCUGAACAAAGUCCUGAUAACAAAAAGCAUCUUCCUGUACCAUCCUCCUGGUAAUAAUCUCCCUCUUGAUCUGAUCUAGUUUUCAUGCACACAUUACAUACCUGCUGAUCUGU